AACUGAAACCCUUCCGGAGCUUCAAAUCCAUGGCGGAGACCAGCAAUUCUCUCCGCUCUCUUCACGCGGCUCUCGAUCCCAAAUCUCUGAUCCUCUCUCAGUUCUCCUCCUCCAAUACAGUCCCAGACAAGCUGACGGAGGGCUUUUCGAUGGAGCGAGGUCCCCGGUUCAAGGAGUACUCCGAUCUCCGAGACAGGAAGCUGCGGAUGAAGAACAAGUAUCAACAAUUAACGCCGGAGAAGAAAUCAGACGAAAUUGGAUCUAUUUUGACUCCUCCAAAAAAGCAGCAGGUGAAAUUAAUUUCAAAUUUAGUCACUCCCCCGAAGCCUUCGAAGAGGCCUAGCAAUGGUAGUAAUCGUAGUGGUAGGCACUCUGUUCUCGCCCAAUCGGUACCUGAAUUCUCCUCCGCCCUGCCCCUACUGCGGAAGGAGAAUCGGCGGCCAGCAGCGGCGAUGAUGCCAGUGGCUGAGAGGAGGAGUGGGUAUGGUAAUGGUAAUGGGAAGUUGGAGGUGGGGGGGAGCAAGUCGGCGAAUUCUUUGGGGGAGAAGAGAUCAGGAUCAGGAUCAGGGUGGAAGAGCUAUGCCGGAAAUAUUGGAACUGGGAACAGCAAAACCCUACUCAGAAAUAGACUACUGUUUUGAUCCAGAAAUUAGUAUUACUGUGUCAGUUGUCAUCUUAUAUUUCAUUCUUUUGCCGAUUUUAAUUGAUUGACUGAUUGAUUUACAGCCCACCCAAAGCUUUGUUAAAGUUCCUGGAGUUUUUUUAAAUUUUAGAAGUUUGAAAAAGUAAAAGAUUAUACUCAUUCCGUCCCGUGGGAGGGUGAAGUUUGUUUUUUGCACGUAAAUUUUUUAAUAUUAGUAUUAUAUUAAAUUGUAGUAAAAAAGACAAAAACAUUUCUGUUAGUAUGGUGUAAUAUAAAAGCAAUGGCAUUUGUGUAAUAUAUUGU